AUGGUCGCUAAAAUCUACUUCGACCCGCCUCUCUGGCUGCAGAGGCAGUCUUGGGUGCUUGGCAAGCUAAGGCAGGAGCGAUCCGACUCUGUCGUCGAUGUCGGCUGUUCCAACGGUGUCCUUCUCUCCGCUCUCAUGCAGCCCGCCUUCCAGCUGGACCAAUUCCCCCUCGACCGCUUUCCUGCUCUCGCUCUCCCCUCUACCGCAUCCAAAACCAAUCCCACCAACACCAAUGAUGCCACCAACACCAAUGAUGCCACCAACGACUCUGCCCUUCUCUCCAGCAGACACUGGAUCUACAGUCCCAACGACAUCGUCCUCUCCCGUCUCAUCGGUAUCGACGUCGAACGCAAAGUCCUCGACAAUGCCAAAUCCAGUCUCUCUGUCCACGGUCUUGCUCUCGCCAAAAACGGUCCACGCUGGAAAUCCCUCGAUGUACGACUCUUCCAAGGUCCCGUCGAAACGGAAAACCAAAAUCUCGACGACUACGACGCUUUCGUAGCCACCGAAGUGAUCGAGCAUCUUGACGAAUCAGCACUCCAACAGUUCGCUCCUACCGUAUUCGGCAAAUACCGUCCACGCAUCGUUCUCAUCACCACACCCAACUACUGCUUUAACGACAACUUUGGCCAAGAUCUCAGCACCCGUCCUGGCUUUCCUGACCCAACCGGCCGCACGAACAGAGUAUUUCGUCAUGAGGAUCACAAGUUCGAGUUCACACCAGACGAGUUCAACAAGUGGUGUGAGACCAUCGCCGAUGAUUUCGGCUAUCAAGUCAGCAUUUCCGGUAUAGCAUCUGGCAUCUAUAGGGUGCCAAAGGAUCAGAUGCAGCCACCCGUACCCUCUGAGCAAGGAGGAAAGAUUUGGAAAGCUACUCGUCCGCGUACUAGUAGUAAAGAGGAUAAGGAUUUGCGUUAUGCCACCCAAGGUGCAUUCUUUGUCAGACACUCGGCGAGUAGUAUUGCUGCUCAACGACAACAGAGUGGUCAAGCAGGCAAUCAAGGUUCCCACCCGUUCUCGGAUAGGUUUUUGCAGUCUCGUUCUGUCCCCAAACCUCCUGUCGAGACGAGGGUGCAUGAUAUGUUCGAUGAAGCCAUAAGCCGCGAAGGAGACGAGAAUGAAGAAGAUGGCGACGAGCGAGGCAGGUCCGGAAGGAGAGCACGCAGUCGACGUCCAGAAAAUCUGCCUUUUUUGAGCAGUCCUUCCCCGCAAACACCCAUGCUAGCGGCAUUUUCGAGCGAGAUCAUUUCUGGCGUUCCGAGCUAUGGACUUGCCGAAGCCUCGGCACCUUCGACUCAAUUCAGCGGUCACGAAUUGGUUUGGAGUCAUCGAUACCAAUGCUCCCUUCCCUCUGGGCAGGUUGCGGAAUCGGGGAAACGAAACAUUCAAACUGCUCUACCGCUGCCCGCUGACGAUAUUUUGGCGAGCGUAGUGGAAAAACAGAGGCAGCUAUACGUCAACGCCCAGUGGCACGGCGAUGAUGGCGCCUCUUCCCCCGAGGCAGUUGGACGAGAAGCCGUGGCAAAACUGUGGGAUGUUUGGUCGGAUGAUCAAGUGAGAGCUGCCUGUGGAGGUAGAGUUGCCGUUCUACUCGAUGCUUUGCGACUCGUAGCAUCCGAAACAGAUACUUCACCAACCCCACCAGGCGUGGCUGAUAGGAUCAACAUUGUCGUUGCCUCCGACACAGCUUAUUGGGAACUGAGAGUGCAGACUAUCCGGCACAGUAAUGUCGCCAAUGGUGCCCAAGACUUUGUCGAGUCGGAUCUUUUCCUCGUUUACACCCACCAAGAUGUAGCGAGAUGGCAAGCGGCUAUUGAUGAGGCGAGGCAAUGGGUACCAUUGGAUCUAGGUGGAAGAUGGGGCGGCUCGGGAGGAGCGACGAAAAGAAGCAAUAGCAACGGCCAUAAAGUCUCUCCUACGCGUCAAGGAGUAAAACCAUUGAGAAACGCCAGUAGUCUCAAUCCUACGUGGAAUUAA